UGGUGGUCCAGGAGCUCCAAGACGGAUCCUACUUCGGCGAACUCUGUGCGCUAGCCGUUAGCAGUACUUCUUAGACUUUAAUAUUUGCUCAAUACUUUUCCAUUUUUGAUAAGUAAAGGUCUACUGAUGUGUUACCUCAACUAGUGCAUACUGUUAUUUGCUCAAUACAUCAUAGUGGUUCUCAAACUCAAAAUGGGGGCCCAAGAACACGCACUGCUAAUUGAAGAUGAAAAUGCAAUUUACAAGAACGGGAGAAUUUGAUCCUCAAAAAUCCUGAUUUCACGGUAGGUAAAUUCGUGACAACCGUUAUCGCGGAGGACUUCUGUGCGUGCUACCUGUUGCGUCGUACUGUGCUCGAGAAGUACAUCGAGAAGGACGCCUUGCACCGGCUCCCACUCCAUCGUUCCGGUUGGCUCCGCCUCGAACAAAUAGGUCGUCGAAUUAUCCAGGCGAAAAUCUUAGCUAAUGGUCGUGGGGGUCAAGGACAAGGACAUGCCCUAGUACAGGACGAGAGGAGGCCUGAAGAAGCAGGAGAAGUAGCACUUCUAGGUAUAAACGCUGGAGGAAAUAUCUCCUCCGCCUCCUCGUCGAAAACUCCUCAUUUCGGAGGUGUAGAUGAUGUCGGCCGCCAAGCUUCAGAAGUUGGGCAGGACAUCAACGUUGAUGUCAAUGCGCAGAAAAAUAUCAACGCGAACACUAGUGGUGCCGCAAGUGGAACUCAGGUGGAACAAGGAGCAGCAUCUUCUUCCUCUGCGAUUAUUUCGCCCACUUCUGGCAGAGCGACUGCGACGAACAAUGGUGGAAACGAGUCAAUCUUCAAGAAGAAGACAUCGCAACUGAAAAUGACACGGAUAACGACGAGACGCGGUUCAACAGUAGUCUUCGAUAAUAGAGACAAUUGGAGUGACGAAGAAGAAGAUGAGGAGAUCAAAGAUGGCGUGCCUUCAGGACGCAAGCUAACCGAGCUGCAAGGCAUUUCCAUCGUUGAGGAAACAACAGAUGACGAAGAUGGCGAAGACGAUGACGAGGAUGGUGACUUCGAGGAUGACAAAGACGACCACGCAGAAAAAGAAGCAGACGGAAGGAAACAGGGCGGGGACCAUAUUAAAAAUCAUAAAAAUGAUCUCCAGACGAGGAAUACGAAUAGCGUCCUCGAGCAUCAGAACGAAAACGACCACAAGCCUCUGCCUCCUGGGCGCACUACCACUUUACUUGAAGAGGUCGACACUCUUAUCCAACGCAAGCGAACAUCUAGGAUCUCCAAAAAAGUAGAGGACCACAGAGACAGAGACAGAAGUAAGACUAAGUCUAGCGCGUGCGCGUCCUCUUCUAGCUCUCCUAGUAGUUCUUCGAGACAAACUAGGACAAAUAAACCUGCGCGACGCACAACAGCCAAGCAUUCAGGGUGGCUGCCCCAGCAUGCUGACAAUCCCCUUUUUUCGAUGCCUGCGUUUCAGGGUACCAGUUUUGAAUUCAGGGAAGCCCUCCUCCGUAGGCUGCGACCUGAAGUAUACCUGAGUGACCACCCUGUACCACUUACAGCACCUAAUGCUAAGGCGCGAGAAUGGAAAAUCUGGGUCUAAUAUAGUAAGAGCUUGCUUUUGCUGAACAUAACACUUCUAAUUACAGGAGGACCACAAGAACGAGUCAAUCUCAAUGCAUCACGUAUUUUUUAGACGAUCAUUUAAGGCUCAACUUUCAUUGGUCAUUGAGGUUAGUCACUGAGGGGCAUGGGGCCCCUUUUCUUUCAGAAUCAGUGACCACUGACUGCUGACCUUUAAAUCAUGUUAUAAUGAUUAGAGAUUAUCAUAUUUUCGAUGCAGCUCCUGCUGCGCCACGACUUCGUCUAAAAACAGGCACGGCAGUCACGAACCAAAGCUCAUCGUAGUUCUCACGGGUAUUCUGCAAGUUGCGAUUUGCGGGCAAAGCGUCCGCGUCCUUCAAGACGGUGAUGCUCACGGUGAGGUUGAGCUUUUGCUGCCACGCAGCACGAAUAGCACGAUGAGGCCAGGUUUCUGUGGUUUGACCGCACAGACGGUAACCUGGGUGCAAACGCUGACGCGAAGCGCCCUCACGUCGCUGCUAGCCCGCUUUCCGGCGGAGCGAGAGCGCUUCGAACGCGUGCUAGUGAAGACAUUACAAGCUUUGCCGGACAUGACUGCACUGUUGAGCCAGCUGAAGUUCGUCGGACAGCUGCGGCAGAGCUGCGCCCACGAUCCUGAGGAACAGGCGGUGGUUGAGGACGAAUUGGCCCGAUUCUGCUAUAUUUUGGAUCUCUACAAAGAACGAAAGUUUGGAUAUUCAGGUAUGGUGCUCUUUGUGGAAGAACGGCAUGCAGUUGUAAAAUCUCGUGUGACCAGGACCAAUAACAAAUUCACUGGUACUAGUGUCGUCUCGUUUGCUGGUGCUCCUCCGGAUGUUGAACAUAUCCCGUCCACAACUACCAGUGCCGGUUCAUCUAGCCACAACAAGAGGAAGGGGGGCAGUAGCUCUAGUGCGAGUCGUGGCCAGAAAAGGUCUACGGUGCGCUUGAUUCAACACAACUCUUCUAUUAAGGCUGUCCCUAAUCCAUCUCUACUAUAGACAUCCCUCAAGCAUAUGCACCCCAAUACAACAACGGAGAUACAACUGACGCAUAUUCUUGAGGGAUUUCCACGACAGGGAUGAAUAGGGGAGCGGUCUAAUUCUAGAACAAGUUCCUACAGCAACCCAACAUCUACAUCUUCAUCUACUGUUGACAAAAACGCGCUCUACGUCAUUCUGCGAGGCCGAGUCCGCGUGACCGUGAACAAUGAAGCAGUGGCUACGCUGGGAGAAGGUGAGCUGCUGGGUGAGCUGAGGGUCCUGGGUCUUUCGUCAGGGCGAACGACUGGCGCAGUCUGCGACUCUCUUUGUGUAUGGCACUGUCUGGCUACUACUAGUACUUACUAGAGAGUGGUCUACUAGUACUGUAGUUGUAUUCAACCGAUGAAGAUGAUACUGAGCCCUCUCGACAUAUUCCCCAUUCUCAUUCUUCGACCUUGCCGUGGUCCAUCGAUCGGUGCUGAGCCGUGCCCUUGAAGAUUGUCCGAAAAUCAAGGCCUUUCUUCGACAGCAAGCGCUUUCGUGGGUGCAGAAUGCUUGCUUGCAGCAUUCUGGAGUGCAGAAAGUAGGCGGGGUACUAAGCAAUAACAUCAAUGUUCUUCAGGCAUCCGGUCGUCCAAACGGGUCUACUCCAGGAAGAGGACGACCAGUGUCAAUGAUGAGAAGACCUCUAGGGUUGACAGGAACUUAUCUGGCGCCUAGCUUAAACUAUCUACGACUUACUAAAGUAACACUUAUAAAACCUAAGUAGUAUUAGCAAACUUUUUCACCCACAAAUUCCAACACGGGGUUAGUAGUCUAAAAUGCUUCCAAUUCAAUUUCAUCUGGUGGUCCUUCAGGCAUCCGGUCGUCCAAACGGGUCUACUCCAGGAAGAGGACGACCAGUGUCAAUGAUGAGAAGACCUCUAGGGUUGACAGGAACUUAUCUGGCGCCUAGCUUAAACUAUCUACGACUUACUAAAGUAACACUUAUAUAACCUAAGUAGUAUUAGCAAACUUUUUCACCCACAAAGACAAAUCCCAACACGGGGUUAGUAGUCUAAAAUGCUUCCAAUUCAAUUUCAUCUGGUGGUCCUUCAGGCAUCCGGUCGUCCGAACGGGUCUACUCCAGGAAGAGGACGACCAGUGUCCUUGUCGAGCUCGCCCAGAAAACGAACUUACCUCGGAGGUUUUUCCCCAGAUUCCGCAAACAAAGCAGCACGGACAACGAUUUACUCUCCGUCCCGAGGCACGAUUACGACUGCUAGUCCACCGCCAAGGCUGA